UACGGUACGUACGGUACGGUACCGUACGGGAGCAGGAUGUAGAAUGCGUUCGGCCGGCGGCAGUUGCACUCGUCCCUACUAUSAAAUMGUAUGUAAGUACUUACCAUACGUACCAAUGUACGAGGUCGUGUGGCACGACGCAGGACGCAGGACCCUGCUUCGCAUCUUUUUUUUCGCUUGGCGGGCGGGCGGGCCUCGGCUUCGUGCCAAAAUUUUACGGUGCGGUGCGUGUGAUUCAGAAAUUUUAAAUUUUAGACGGCAUUGGUUYUUGGCUUGGCCUUGGCACGUACUUCUACGUAAUAGUACAGUAGAAGUUCCUGGUACUCGUACCCUAUUUGUCCGCGCGUUUGCGUCGUUUGUUUUUACUUCUACCAUAAUCGAUAGAUACGGAUUGGUACCGGUACGAGCACACAGUACCAGUCCAGGUCCUCCUCGUUCGUACCCGCAGCGCACUUAGUGUUACGACAAGUUUUCAAGUUUUUUAUCAUCACUCUGUUUUUACCGUUCUCAUCAAGCAUCGCCGCAUCUCCGCAUCUCUUSACGAACUGGGUUGGAGAAUCUGUCACGGUCACGGUACCGGUACGAACGUACCUUGGUACUCAAAAACCCUUUGCCCUACGGUAGUACUGUACCACAUGUUUGCUACGAAGGCCUUGCGCGCACGGUCCAUUACUAUUGUACGAAGUACAAUACUUCGUAGUAAACAAUAAAUAAAUACAGAAAUAAAAAUAAUACAGUAACACUUCUGUGCUACUCGUACGGUACCCUUCCRGCACACUUCCAACCCCACCGCAUUCUAUUCUAUUGUCUAUUUGUAUUCUAGGAUGGACCUGUCGAUCGUCGCAACGGUCGGGUCCUUUGCGUUUUCGGAGCGCGUCCUSAAGCCCAAGGCCACCGUCCUGGCGAUCCUCGGGGUCGUCCUGGCCUUCGACCUGGCGACGAGGGACCAGGACGUGUCGGCGCUGAGGGUCUACCGCGGUCCGAUCCUGCUGGUCUUUACGCUGAUGAUGGUCGCGUACUCCCUGCGGACGUGGAGGCGGAACGGCGUYGCCUGCGACGAGCUGGUCUUUCUGCCGGGGACGAGGCACGGGCACGACGUGGGCCUGGAGGGCCCCCUGAUCGAGGCCCUCUGCAGCGGGGAAAACGACGACAGCGACAGCGACAGAGAUGGCGACGACAGCUGGUUCCAUCCGGCGCAGCAACCCCGGGCGCCCGGGCCGGUGGCGCGGGGCCUCGAGGCAGGGGCGUCCUCGUUGUCGUCGUCGUCCUCCUCGUCCUCCUCGUCGUCGCGGGGGGAAACCGACGGCGAGCGAGAAACGGUGGGAGACGGACGCCACCGAAGCUUGUCGCCCCUCCGCUCGCAUUCGCAAUCGCAUCCACAUCCACAUUCGCAUCCACACCCGGCGAGCCAGAGCGUGGAAAUGGUCUCCCUCRUGCCGAGCAGCCCCGGGAGCAACCACAGCGCGGCCACACCGACGAGGAGGAACGGCCAAGGAGGCCGGCGGCGGAUUUCCAGCGAGGGGGACCUCCCAAAGGACACGGAGGCCAGCGGGAUAGACACCAACACCGAGACCGGGGACGAGACGGACGGUGCCCUGUACGCCGAAACGGGUGCCGGACCCGCCCAUCCCGGACCCGUUUCCCCCGCCGGAGGCAUCCGGGGCCGCCUGAGGCGGUGCAUCGAGCGGCACCCGCACCUCGCGAUGCUGUGGACCUUUUUCUUCAACCGGUCGGCCGGCACGAGCAACGMGAACGCCACCUACGCGCCAUCGGGCCCGGCCGUCUUUGGCGCGGCACUGGACCUCAGCAUGCCGGUCCUCUUCAAUUUCCACGUCUUUAUGUGGAUGUUCAGCGAGGUACAGGACAAGAUCGCGGACGCGGCGAGAGAGGCAGAAAGGACCAACCUGCCCCCGGAAACCGUAUCGGAAUUCGCCCUCAACGUACUGCCGAUCGGAUUCCUGGCGGUCCUCUACGCMCGCGUCGUCAUCCCRCCCUCGAGGCGGGCCCGCUUCUGGGGGACGAUGAGGUUUACCUUUGCCGCGCCCUUUCACACCGUGGGCGUGCGGGACGCCUUCAUCGGGGACUGCCUGACGUCCUGGGUGCGACCGGGACAGGACCUGGUCUUUGCCACCGUCUACUUCUUCGCGAUCGCCUGGGGGACACUGUCGGGSCGGUACGGGGUCACGGGGUGCGGACCGAUGCUGGCCGAGUCCCGGUGGCUCCACAACGUCGUUCUGCCGAGCGUCGGGAUCGCCGUCCUCUUCCUCCGGUACCUGCAGACGCUCCGGCAGGCCUACGACGCCAACAAGAGGUGGCCGCACUACGGGAACGCCUUCAAGCACCUCUCCGCUUCCCUGGUGGUCCUCUACGGGACGAUGCACCCCGAACAGAGGUGGUCGGCAGCAUGGCUCUCCUGCUUUGCGGCGGCGGUCCUCUACCAGAUCGCAUGGGACGUCCUCGUGGACUGGCGCCUCUUCGAGGUACACCGGGACAUAUCGGUGGUCCUCGGGACCCAAGUGGACUCCUCGUCGCAAUCCUCCUCGAUCUCCAGCUUCCGGCCMGACUCGCGGAUCCUCCUGGGACUGCAAAUGUACCUCGUCCAGCCCAUACACGACCGGUGGCAGCGCCUGAGGGCGAGGAUUCCCGACUGGAGGAGCCUCCGGCUSCGGGAGCGACGCCUCUACAAGACCGAGUCCUUUUACUGGAAGAUACUCGCCUUCAACGCCCUCACGAGAUUCACGUGGAUGUACUGCUACAUACCGGCCUGCCACUACGCCGAGGACGAGGACUCGGCGGUCAUGGUUCUGACGUCCACCAGCGACGUCAAGAGCUACUGGGGCGUCCUCCUCCCGGCCUCGGAGGUCUUUCGGCGCACGCUCUGGGGGUUUUUGUACAUGGAACACGAAACCAUCAAGAUGAUGGACGCCGACUCCAAGUACCGGCGGGUCUCCGGAACCGCCUGCGCCGAAGGCGACGGCGAGGACAGCGGGGACGACGCGACGGUCGGCUCCAAGAUCGACGACCACCGGUCCUUCCGCAACAAGCUCCUGCCGAAGUGGCUCGGAACCCAGCAGCAGGUCGCCCACGACGCCGCCACGGCAAAGGCAACCAAGCAAAAAAAGCUCGCGAAGCACCUCUUUCUCUGCGAGUUGUUCGCCCUGGCCCUUGCCUUUGUCCUGCUCGGCGGCCUGGUGGGCCUCUGGGUGUGAAACAGCCCAACCCAACCCAACCCAACCCAACCCAAACCACCGAGGGAUUUCCGGGUGGGUGGGCCGGCCGGUCCUUGUCGCACGCUCUGCUCCCGCGCAGGGCCCGGGGGCACUCURCGAUAMAUAAACU